AUGUCUCCUCCACCUUCGCAGCACCGUGUCUCUCAGAGCACCGCAGACAUCGAGCCUCACAUGAAGACAGACCACCACGUCCACAAGGUAGACUUGGGCCAUGCUACCAGCGGUGUUACCCUCUCCCCUGAGCUCUUCGAAAAGCUUUACCUCCAGCCAAAGAUGACUCAAUACGCCCGCUUUGCCAACCCAACGCCUAUGGGUCUCGUCGGUUUCGUGAUCAGCACUUUCACCUUCUCGAUGGUCUUGAUGGGCUGGGGAGGCGCCAGCGGAUUCCCAGCGGUUGUUGGAAUUUUCUUCUUCGUCGGGCCUCUCAUGUUGACUUUGGCUGCUAUCUUCAACUGGAUCAUGGGCAACUUCUAUCCAAUGAUGGCCACUUCGUUGUUCGCUGUCUUCUGGCUCUCGUUCGGCAUGCUGCAGCUUCCAAGCCUUGGGCUCGCUGCGUACUACUCUCCGGACGGCACGAAUGCGACCGAGGGAGCUAGUAGCGCAGGCUACAACACUGUCAUUGGGCUUUACCUGGUCGUGUGAGUCGCUCAUACGCGGACGAUCUAAUAAAAGGCCGCUGACAAUGACAACUAGUUGGGGUUUCGCUUUCCUGACCUACCUCAUCUUCGCAAUGAAGACCAAUGUCGUCUUUGCUGCAAUCUUCUUCUACGCCGCUGUCGCCGUUUGGGUUCUCGCUGGUGCUUAUUUCAAGACCGCAACAGGCGACUACACCACUGCUGGACACUGUCAGACUGUAAGCAUCACAUUCUUGAAUAAGUCCAAACAACUUAUCAAUCAUGCUAAUCUAUUGUUCUGUACAGGCCGCCGGCGCUCUUCUCUUCGUCGUCUCCGUUCUCGGGUGGUGGAUCGUCGUCGCCAUGAUGGCCGCCGAGAUGCGCAUCGGAAUCAACAUCCCUAUCGGCGACCUCAGCCACUUCUGGAAUGACACCAAGUCAGCCGAGAAGGUCAGCGAUGUGGAGAAGCAGGAAUAG